AUGAUAACAAAAGCUUGGUCAGCUGCCAAGGAGUCAAACAUGGCCAAAGACGAGGUAAACGAUGUAUUGUAUCAUUUGUGCAUGACAGCAAAGGGUAAUCUUCAGAGAAAUAUGCCUAAAGAGGUUAGGAUACUCAAGUAUCUUCUUACAAUUGAAGAUCCUGAAGAGAGAAUGUGUGCCCUAAAAGAUGCUUUCACCCCUGGAGAAGAACUUGAAGGGAAGGAUGUAGACUGCCUAUACACCACACCAGAACAUCUGCACACCUGGAUUAAAAUGGUGCUGGAUGCUUACCAUUUCAGCAGAGAAGGCACUCUUAUUAAGGAAGCUAGGGAUUUGAUGAACCCAAAAAUCAUCCAAAAACUGGAAGAGUUGAAGAAAUUAGUCCAAGAUAACUUCAUACCCCAUGAGUAUGAGGCUCUUGGAUUCUUAAAAGAGAUGUUGGGGGAAGGUGUGGACCCAAACCCUUUCACUUAUUCAUCAGCUUUGAGGGCAUGUGCUAAACUAGAAGAUAUUCAGCAGGGGAGGUUGAUUCACUCCUCCAUAAACAAGACCCCUGCCUUGUCUAAUGUGUUUGUGGGCAGCUCUUUAAUUAACAUGUAUGCUAGAUGCGGAUAUGUUUUGGAGGCAACCCAAGUUUUUGAUAGCAUGCCAGAACGGAAUUUGGUUUCUUGGAAAGCUAUGAUUGUGGGAUAUGCAAAGAAUGGGCUCUGUGGGGAGGCUUUGAAGCUCAUGUACCGAAUGCAAGCAGAAGGUAUUGAGGUGGAUGAUUACAUCCUUGCAACAGUUAUUUGUGCGUGUGGAGAUUUUGAAUGGAGCAUAGAAGCUUCGUCUGAGCAUUGCCUUUACUUAAGUUGA